AUGUCAUCUCCUGCACUCUAUUCGGGACCAAAUCAAGAUAACGAUCAGAUAUUUCAUCUAACAACAAAAUCAGUACCAAUGUCAUGUUUACCACCGAAUGAUCAAUUGCUGCGCGCUUAUUCGAAAGGUGAACAAGCCAAGUCAUCAGAUAUCGUCUUAACAAGGAUGUUGUCGUCAACAGCAUUCGAGCCGAUUUUAUCUCAAUCAAAUAUGAAUUCUUCGAUUUAUCCGUCUCGGAAGCGUAAACAACCGUUUCUCCCCCCACCAGUACCAGCAAAACGGUCACCGUGCCAUACCACACUCUUUCCAAUUAUGAUACCGUCCAACGAAUCAAUUCUGAUGUCAUCUAGCUCUAGUAGUAAAUCCACGCAAACUAAUUCGGUACCUUCGUGUAUAUCUGAAAUUGAACAAAAUGAAUUGAUUGCACAAAUCAAUGAAUUACAUCGAGCAAAAAUGGAUAUUCAAUGUCAAAAUGAAAAUACGAUUGAAACAAUCAAACGCUGCUUGACGAUGACACGUACUUUAUUAAUUGAUAAAUCUCAGUUGGAGAAGAAACAAGUACGACAGACAGCAAUGGAGAAUCGUCUGCAUCUCGGUCAGUUUGUUACUCAACGACAGGGAAUGUCGUUUAUUGAACAGUGGACUGACGGGGCCGAUUUUCUCGAGAAAAAACGUUCGCAAGAGCAGCUGUUUCGAACCAGAAAGAGUCUGAAUAAAGAUCGCAAAGAUCUAGCAAAAAAGAAAGCAUUGUUACAAAAUUCAAUCUCGACAUCAGUAUUUGAUGAAACCAAAUCAAACUCCUCGGAUACAAAUCAUUCGCUUAAGACCAAACAAACGAAGAAGAAUUCAUACAAUGCACAAAAAUCACUUCCGUUGAGUUUUGAUUCAAUUCAAUCAUUUGUCGAUCAUUCGAAUGACAGCAGGAGCUCAUCAUCGUCAUCAUCGAUAUCAUCGUAUUCGACGUCUCCAAUAACCUUACAAGAUUGGUAUGAAUAUGACGAGAUACUUCGACUUCGACAAUUGACACUGAAACGUGAAGAAGCGGAGUUAACUCAAGAUUUAGAAAAACUUGAUCGACAUCGAAAUCUUCACAUACGAGAAUUGAAACGUUUGUAUCAUGAAGACCACUCGCGAUUCAAUAUAAAUAAUAUUCUUCAUGACCGUUAUUUACUUUUAACGUUAAUUGGUAAAGGCGGAUUCAGUGAAGUGCAUCGUGCAUUUGAUUUGAAUAAUCAAUGUUACGUGGCAUGUAAAAUCCAUCAAUUAAAUAAAGAGUGGAAAGAUGAAAAGAAAGCAAAUUACAUCAAACAUGCGCUUAGAGAAUACGAUAUACACAAACAUCUUCAGCAUAAAAGAAUUGUAAAAUUAUUUGAUGUAUUUGAAAUUGAUACGAAUUCAUUUUGUACCGUUUUGGAAUAUUGCGAUGGAAAUGAUUUGGACUUCUAUCUUAAACAAAACAAAACUAUUCCUGAAAAAGAAGCGCGGUCGAUUAUCAUGCAAAUAAUCAACGCAUUAAAGUAUUUGAAUUUAGAAAUCAAACCGCCCGUAAUUCAUUAUGAUUUGAAGCCAGGCAACGUUUUGUUGGGAACAGGAAAUCAAAGUGGAGAAAUCAAAAUAACCGAUUUUGGUUUAUCGAAACAAAUGCAUGAAGAUUCAUUUGAUGAAGAUGGCAUGGAUCUUUCAUCGCAAGGUGCUGGUACUUAUUGGUAUUUACCACCAGAAGUAUUUGUUCAGGGACCAAAUCCUCCUAAGAUUUCAUCAAAAGUUGAUGUGUGGAGUCUUGGUUGUAUUUUUUAUCAAUGUUUAUAUGGUCGAAAACCAUAUGGGCAUAAUUUGUCUCAAGCAACUGUUUUAGAAAAUCAGAUUAUUUUAAAUGCGAAGGAAGUACAAUUUCCAAAUCGACCGCAAGUUUCGACGGAAGCUAAAGAGUUCAUACGUCGUUGUUUAACUUACAAAGUACAAGAUCGUCCCGAUGUUUUACAAUUGAGUGAAGAUCAAUAUUUAAAAUCUUCUUCUCUAAAACGAUCAACAUCAACGUUCGUUCUUCGUUCGAAAUAA